GUUGCGUUUGUUUGUGAAUGAUUGAUACGAAGGUAUCUAAAAGAAAUAACAAGGGCAUAUUCUAGUUCCAUGACACUUGACCAUAAAACUAGGGCUCCAAAUAAUUAAUUAAUCGAAGUAGAGGGAAAUACCGCCAUCUUCAAGAUUCCUUCUUCUUCCUUCCUAUGCGAACAAACAAAUCAAAAACCUUUACGUUUUCUCUCCUUUUUCACGUUUUCGCAUCCUCAAUUCCCCAAAUUUCCAGUUGGAUCAACGGUUUCUGAUUUCAGUGGCGACUUCAUUUGUGUUGUAUCUAACAACAUGAGAUCGUUCGGUGAAAUGGCGACUUCAUCGUCGUCAUGGUUGUCUUCGGCUCACAAUUCAAUGGUAACAACACCGCCUAACACUUCUUACUCCUCUUCUCGACCUGUUUAUAUGAACUAUGCUCUCAUUUCUGCACUGGUUGCCUUCGCUCUUGCUCAAUCCAUUAAAGUCUUCACCACCUGGUAUAGGGAACACCGUUGGGAUCUUAAGCAACUUAUUGGAUCUGGUGGUAUGCCUUCAUCCCAUUCUGCAACAGUCACUGCUCUUGCCGUUGCUGUUGGGUUACAAGAUGGCAUUGGUGGUUCAUCGUUUGCAACUGCACUGAUAUUAGCUUGUAUAGUAAUGUAUGAUGCAACUGGUGUACGAUUGCAUGCUGGGCGUCAAGCAGAGGUUUUGAAUCAGAUCGUAUAUGAACUUCCUGCUGAACAUCCCUUGGCUGAGAGCAGACCCUUGCGUGAACUUCUUGGUCACACCCCUCCUCAGGUUAUUGCAGGAGGGUUGCUGGGUAUGAUGACAGCAGUGAUUGUGCACUUAAUUUAGGGGUGUUUGAAUUUGUGGUUAUUGUGAAUUGUAAUGCAUUGUUUUGAUGUAGAUUGAAUUUGUUGGUUGACACUAUGCACAUUAUAUAAUGGAGUAGAAGUAUUAUAAAUGUUGUUGGAAUGCAAAGCAAUUAGAUGCCAAUGUGUUUGCU